AUGGAAUUAUUAGUAAAAAUUUAAGAAGCAUCUUAUAAAAUUAAAGUUGAAAGCCAUUAUUUAAUGCUCCUUUACUUCUUAGCUUUAAAAACAUAACCUAGAUUUAAGGAUUUAACUUCAAAAACAAAAUACUCUUUAUGCCAGUAAUCUCUAAGAAUAUGUGCAUUUAAGUAAAAGCAAGAAGUUAAUUUUUAAAAAGAUCUUAAAAUAUUUCUUAUAUUAAAGAUUUGUUGGUUCUAGUUAUAAAUACAAGUUUUUUAUAAUAACACUUUGCUUAAUCUGAUAGAAAAGUAUAAAUCGAACUAUAUGAUGAUUGCUUUUAACCUUUUAUUAUGUAUCAAAAUAAUUUUUGGAAAAAACUAACUGCAUUUAUUGAUUUCCUGA